AUGAACUGUAUUGUAAAGGAAAAGGCUGCAACUAAAGCUGGAAGCCAACCAAAUCCCAGUGAGAAUCAAAAGGACAUAUUCGCAAGCAUCUUGAAUGUAAACAAAGGAAGUAGAAAGCUGACUAGAGGAGGGGAUAUUGUACUUAGUACACAACGAAGUGCUAUCAACUGUCCAUCAAAUACCUGCUUCUGGCCUAAAUCAUCAAAUGGAUUGGUAAACAUCCCAUUUGUCAUCUCAUCUGAAUAUGUUGUUGCAGAGAAAGCCAUCAUUGAAAAUGCCAUGCAGGAGUUCGCUACAGCGACUUGUGUUCGAUUUGUAAAUCGCACCACUGAAACAGAUUACUUGAACAUCGUUUCUUCUGACGGAUGCUGGUCAUACCUUGGAAAAAAAGGUGGUCCUCAGGAUGUUUCCUUAAUGAAAACUGGUUGCUUGUACAAAGGAUCUGUUCAGCAUGAGCUGAACCAUGCAGUUGGGUUUGAGCAUGAGCAAUCCAGAAGUGACCGAGACAACUAUGUAACCAUUUUGUGGGAUAACAUUGCUGAAGGUAUGUCACAAAAUUUUCAGAAAGUAACAACUAAUAACCUGGGACUGAGUUACGACUACUCUUCUGUCAUGCACUAUGGAAGCUAUGCUUUUUCAAAGGACAGCAGAUUGCCAACCAUAAUGCCAUACCCGGAUAGCAACGUUUCAAUUGGACAGAGAUAUGGCCUUAGCCACUUUGAUGUUGAAAAAAUUAACAGAUUGUACCAGUGUAAUAUCUGCAGUAGUCUGUUGCCUAAUCCAAGUGGAAACUUCAGCUCUGCUGAUUCCUUUUCCAAUUAUCCAAACAAUGUCUCCUGUGUUUGGCUUAUUAGAAUUCCAAUGGACAGGAUUUUCCUUGAAUUUCAGUCUUUCGCUGUUUCAUCUUCUGAUACUUGCACCACUGAAUAUAUACGCAUUUAUGAUGGAAAUAGUAAAUCAGCUCCAUUACUGUUGGAGACAUACUGUGAUAAAAUGCUACCACCAUCGGUAUUAUCCAGCAGUACCACAAUGUUGGUAGAGUUUGUAGCCAGUAGCACCACAUCAGGAUUCAAAGCUUCCUACAGCACAGUACCCUGUGGUGGUACUCUGACUAACACUUCUGGAAGCUUCAUAACUCCAUAUCACCCAGCUAUCUACCCAAACUUACUGGAAUGCAUCUGGGUAAUCAGAGCUCCUACAGGAUUUAAGAUAUCACUGCAAAUGAAUCUUAUUGAUGUUGAAUUUGAAGCUGGCUGCCCAUAUGACUACAUAACUAUUCAUGAUGGAGGACAGACUAGCUCACCUAAGAAAGGAAUAUACUGCGGAAAGUAUAAUAUGCCACUGUUUACCUCUGCUGGAAAUGCUGUUGUGAUACAAUUUCACACUGAUGAAUCUAUACAGGGAAUAGGAUUUGCUGCUAGUUACAAAUUUGUUAACUGAAAGGACUGAGCGAGAUUUUCUUCUUGGAGCAAUAGUUUGUCAUUGUCGGCCAAGAAUUACUGUAAUCUGUACCAACCAUAUCCAUGGUUACCCUACGGCUGCAGCCUUCAGCCAGAUACAGAAUGUCUCUCUGAAUAAUAUUCUGAACAACUAGAAUAUGCAGAUACAACAGUUUAAAUCCAAAUUAAAUAUGAACUGCAAAAGGAUUAAGGCUCAGCUCAUUUUGCUGCAUAUGCUUUAGCGGCUUUUUUUGCGUAUUGUAUGCGAAAGCUAUUGACUUUUCAUUACUUGGAUCUCUAAAUGCAUAUCCAUGCAGCCUUGGUUUCCAUAGAUGACAGACUGUCAAUUUCUGAAACAGAAACCGUAAAAAUAUUGUAUAUUAUACAUUAAAAUGAGUGAACAGAUCACAAUGUAAUGUUUGGGCAGGACAAGAUGAACUGUAAAAAUGCUUUCUUAAUGCAAGAAUGUUCCUUAAGACUUCGAAACAAAACUCAAGUAUCAAGAUUCAAUGUCCAUAAAUAAAUGCUUCAGGUAUCCUUUAAUUCCUAAGUUUUAUAAUUCUCUGUUAAAGGUUUAAGUCUAAUUACAUCUUUAUCUUUUGCUAGCUGUAAUUUUCUUAUCACUAAAAGCAGUGGGUGUUAAUUUACAAUCUGGUACACUCCAGAGUGGCACAGUUUGAGCAGUCAUUCUGAUGCAAUGUUUUCUUUCAGCCUAGGCUGUUCUAGUUUGAGUUUUUCUUUCUUUACCACUGAUUUGGCACUGCAUUGAGUUGAACUAUUUUAAUAGGUUUGGAAAACGUGUAUGUGCUGUUUUUAAAUGGCAGACUUUUAAUUUGUUUCAACCUACUUGGCAGGUGUGUGUGUGUGUGUGUGUGUGUGUGUGUGUGCCUUUAUCAAGUAAGAAUGGCUAUUCUGCUGUCUUAUUUUUUUCGGGGGGGGGGGGGGGGAUUCACACUUUUGACUGAAAGCAAAUGAAAGAGAGUGGAGACAUCCAGCUACAUAAAAAACACACACACAAAAAAAAAAAAAAAUUUAGCCACUGUACACUUCAAAACAAGAAUGACCCUAAGCCUGUCUGAGAUUGACACUAACAGAAAUCAGCCUUUGAUUAUUUAGAAAAUAUGAAUGUCAUAAAGUUAUUUCAGGAAACUGAUUUGCAGUGUUGCAAUUCUUAGAUGUCUGUGGCACUAGACACGAGGAAAAGGUGAAAAUGAUAUAUUGUUUGGCGUUAUAGGAAAAUAUAGCCCUAUCUGGACAACAAGCUCACAUCAGAUUAUCUGAAUUGUCAUUUUUAGUUUUAAUGGUGCAAUGAUAUUUACACUGCACAGAUCAAUAUAUGAUUAAAAAGCAUGCAUCUUCAGAGUUGCCCAUAGAUAAAAAAGAACUGUGAUCUGCAUUUGUUUAUAUUCUUAUUUGUUACCUUUAAAUGAAAUCUUGUAUUGCAGAAAAUAGUUAUGAUGCAAAAUAAACAGUUAUCUUCCAAAAUGUGUCCUCUU